AUUUGUGUGCGACUGUUCCUCGUCUUGCUGUCUCGCACUUGCCGUGUGCUAGUGGAAGACGCUUAAAAAACAAACAUGUGCUUGGACUGCCGACGAGUUGGACCGGCAGGUGAACUUGAAGUUGACUGUCAGACAGAUGUGAAACGGCAUGUGGUUGGAAAAUUGGGGAUGAGGGGAGAGCAAUGCUGACUGCGGAUGCCGAGAUCCAUGAAGAAGAAGAAGAAGAAGAAGAAAAAUCCAAACAAGAAGAAAUCAAUCCCCUCUUAGUGCAUGCAUUCAAUAUACAUGAUGAUGGCUACGGUUGGCGAUGCUAUGGCAAAAGUGAAAAUCUUCGGGGAAAGGGAUGUAGCCAUUACAGGUGUUCAUUUUUGCCUAAAUGCCGAGCAAAAAAGCGAUUAGUACACUUGCUUAAUGGGAGGACUUUAAUUAUUUACCAGGGUGAGCAUGAUCAUUCUAAUGGAUCUUCAACAGAUGCUACACAAGAAGACAAUUCUUUGGACGAUGGUGAAGUUUCUGAUGUUGAAAAGGCAGAAACAAAGCCACAGCACGAUGUUGAUGACGCCUUUGAUGGGGAGAGUGCAGAAUUGAAGCAACAAGAAAAUGAGGGAGGGACAACGCAUGGUGCAGGCAACGCAGAGAUGAGAAUCAAAAGAGGUGGAACUCUUGCUCUGUACAAUUUUCUACGCAAUCAUCCUAACAAUCCUCAACCCAAGUGCAAAAGAAAGCUGGAGAAGCGUCCCAAAUCAUCAUCUCAAAAUUUUAGUGUGAUCACAAGCAUUGAUGCUGAUUUAGAAGGGAUGCACGGGUCAUCUGGACAUUCGAUGAGUGAGAGAAAAGUGACUGUACGAGAAGCUGGAUUGCGUAUUGAGCAAAGUGGUGAAGAAUUAAUGCCACCGAAUGAUGAUAAGUGGGAGAGAACUGUGGAGGUCCACUUGGUGAAUAGUGAAUUGUCAACAUUAACUGAGAACCCAAGAUGCCCAAAGCUUUCAAAAUUGGUCCUACAAGGAAACUACAAAUUGCGAACCAUUCCUUCUGCAUUUUUUCAACACAUGCCUGCCCUCCAACUCCUCAACUUGUCCAAGACUAGUAUCAAGUCAUUGCCACUGUCGCUAUUUGGGCUGGUCAGCCUCAAAGAACUCUAUUUAAAUGACUGUGAGAGUUUUAUGGUGCUGUCGCCAAAAGUUGGAGAGCUUAAGCAUCUUGAGGUACUUGAUCUUGAAGGGACAGAGAUUAUAGAUCUACCUGGAGAAAUUAGAAAUUUGACAAAACUCAAAUGCUUGAAAGUCUCAUUCUAUGGAUAUAUGAAUUGUGGCAAGAAAAGUGAGCAGUCGAGAACCAUGAUUCCUCGCUGGGUCAUAUCAUCUCUCUGGAAAUUAGAAGAAUUAUGUAUAGAUGUGAAUCCAGAUGAUGAGCGGUGGCACAUAAUUGUGGAAAAUGUAAUGGAAGAAAUUUGUUGCUUGCAGAGACUCGGAUUUCUCAAAUUCUACUUUCCAAAGGUGGAACUACUGGGGAUGUUGCAAUGGAAGUUUACAUCAAAGUUUCUAGUAUCCCGAAAUCUAUUGGUUCAAUUUAGAGUUAUUGUUGGUCAUCAUGUCAAACGGAUCAUAUCUCGACUCCUCCAUGAUGUUGAAUUUGAGCUAAAGCGAUGGCGGAGAUGCUUAACAUAUGUAUGCGGUGAGGGAAUCCCUGGAGAAGAAAUUAGAAAGGUGCUUGGACAUGCAACAGCAUUUCACCUAGAUCGCCAUGUAACUGCUAAGCAGUUGUCUGAAUUUGGGAUUGAAAAUAUGAAGCGUAUGAAAUGUUGUAUACUAGGGGAAUGUAAUGAGAUUCAAGCAAUCAUAGAUGGAGAAGAUAUCCCCAAAGGAACUAGAAUUGGGCUUGAAUCGCUAGAAUACUUAAAUAUUUACUACAUGAAAAAUUUAAGAACCAUAUGGGCGGGGCCAGUGCAGACUAGGUGUUUUUUGCAUUUGAAGUCCUUAAACUUGCGUACGUGUCCACAGUUGGCUACCAUUUUCACACGGGGGUUGCUUCUUGUUUUCAGCAACUUGCAAGAACUCAUAGUUGAAGAUUGCCCGGCCAUAAAAAGCUUAGUAAGCUGGGAAAACCCUACGGAGCAGAAAUUCCAAUGCUUAAAAUCAGAUUAUUUACUUCCAAAGUUGAAAAAGAUAUCACUUCAUUUCACACCGGAAUUGACUAAUCUAUCUGGUGGCCUACGCAUUGCACCAGAGUUAGAAUGGAUGAGCAUUUAUGACUGCCCAAAGCUCAAGAGUUUUUCACAUGGAGAACUGUCUAGCAAAAAGUUGAAGACUAUCAAGGGUGAGAGACACUGGUGGGAUGCACUGGAGUGGGAAAUUUGCCGGCCAGAAUGUUUGGCUGCUAUAUUUAUCCCAAUUGAAUCACCCCUCGACAUAAUCGAAAAUAAAGCCACAUGAUUAAUUCUCAUACCCAUGAAUUGAGGGAGCGUCUAGCAUACUUCUAGCUGAUCAAAUGUCAUGAGGGCCCAUUAGCGUGGAGAAGAAGUUGUUUCAAGUGGCUUACUGUCCCCAUAAUAGAGUUCAUUGUAGAGUAAAUCAAUAUCCAAAGCAUGGAGCUUGAGCCAUGCAAGCAGCAUUAGAUGGUGGCUGUGGACUCGCAAAGAUAAGAACCGAGACCUUACCUUAUGAGUUUAUAGCUAACUAUUAAGAAAUAAGAACCUGUUCUGGAAUGUAUAAACUAAGUCUGACAUCUUUCUGUGUCGCAUGAUUUGAUAUUAAUAGGUGCGUUGAUUAUAAUGAUCAUUAAUUAAAAA